AUGCCGCCUGUUGAAUUACCAGGAAGUACUGGCGAAGGAGCCAGUACUCAGCCAACAACGAUGACUCCAACUCCACCAACAUUUGCACCUCCAUCGGUCAAAGCCAAGAUCGGUAUUAUUUAUCCGCCACCUGAAGUUCGAAAUAUCGUCGAUAAAACCGCCCUGUUCGUUGCCAAAAAUGGACCCAGUUUCGAAAGUAAAGUCAAAGAAGCCGAAGCGAAUAAUCCGAAAUUCAAUUUUUUGAAUCCGAACGAUCCCUAUCAUGCCUACUAUUUGCAUAAAGUAAGAGAAUCCACAGAAGGCAAAGGUAUGGCACCAGGUGCUGCUGAACAACAAUCAUCAAUUGCACCAACGCCAACGAUACAAGCAGCUGUUACUAAAAUGCCAACAAAAGUUCAAAGUGAUAUCUCGAAAUUUCUCGAACCCAUCAUUAUCAAAGAUCCACCCAGUGAAUAUGAAUUUAUGAUCGAACCACCGUCGAUAUCCGCUAUUGAACUUGAUAUCGUUCGAUUAACUGCUCAAUUUGUUGCCCGUAAUGGUCGUCAAUUUUUAACAUCAUUAAUGUCAAAAGAGGCUCGCAAUCCUCAAUUUGAUUUUCUUAAACCAGCGCAUGGCUUAUUUAACUAUUUUACGAAAUUGGUUGAACAGUAUACAAAGAUUCUUAUUCCACCACGAGAUUUUGCUGCGAAGUUAAUGAAUGAUAUCGAAAAUCAACAAAAGAUUAUGGACGAAGUCAACUAUCGCGUUGAAUGGGUGAAACAUCAAAUGCGCGAGAAAGCCAAAGAGGAAGAAGCUGUAGAGAAAGAACGAGCUGCAUACUCUCAAAUUGACUGGCAUGAUUUCGUUGUCGUUGAAACAGUUGAUUACCAACCACAGGAACAAGGCAAUUUUCCGCCUCCAACAACUCCAGACAUGGUCGGUGCUCGAAUGCUUCUUCAGGAACGUUUCGAUCGCAAUAAUUUUCAACAUAUUACAUCGACUACUAUGAUGAAUAUGUCAGAUUUAGCUGCAGAAAUGGAUAUGGAAUCGCCACCACACUCACCUCCAACGGCGAUGAUGUCUACUGUCAAUAUGCAGGAAAUGGAUAUGGAACAAGACGAUGAUGAUAUGGGCGCUCCUCAACCACCACAACCUCCGCAACAAUCUCGCCUAGCACCAGCUCCACCCGCAAUGAUCUCUCGUAUUCCAGCUGGCCAGCCUCCUCUACCACCACCAUUGCCAUCUGGCUUACCAUCAACUGCCUUACCGCCAGCUCUCCCUACAGAUAAAUUUCCUGCACCUUUGAAACCACAAGAUGUUAUUAUCAAAGCUUACAAUCCGAAAGAAAAAAUGCUUACGGUCCACCAGGGUGAACAAUAUGUCAUAUCGCCAAUCACAAACGAGAAGAUUCCAGCUAGUAGCAUAUCUUCUCAUACCAAAUACGCUCUACUUGAUCCGCAAUGGAUUCAACGGCGUGAGAAAGAAAUGGCAGAGCAGCAUGAGAAAGAACAAGUUUAUGAAGCAGGUUCAGUUGUUGAAGCUGAAUUGAAAAAGUUUGCCGAGCGUCGAACAGAUAUUUUUGGUACUGGUAUACAGGAAACAACCAUUGGCCGAAAGAUUGGUGAAGAAGAUCGACGUGCUGACGAUAAAGUUCAAUGGGACGGUCAUACAGCAACAGCUGAGAAAACAUCGAAGAAAGCUAUGGCUAAUAUUACUAUGGAAGAUCAAAUCAGUGCUAUCCAUCGCAGUCAAGGUUUGCUCGAUGACGAAGCUUCAGCUGCUAAUCGUAUUGGUCCAGCUAUACCCAAACCAACCAUGUCGUCAACAUCGACAUACUCUUCAACAGCUAAAACUAUUCAAAAACCACCACAAUUGUCACCACUCGUAGCCAAACCCAUGAUUCCCAUUGGUGCAGCAUCUCAACGAACAAUUGUCGCUGCACCAAUUAUUUCACGUCCCGGCAUUCCAUCAGUUCCAAUUAUUCCUCAAGGAACACAUGCUAUGAUUGCUAUGCCAUCUGUAGUAGCUGUAGCAUCACAACCACCCAUGCAUCCCCCACCAGUCAUCGAAGAGCCAGCUGCAAAGAGAACAAAGACAGAAGAUCAACUUAUGCCAGAAGAAGAAUUUUAUAAACGAUUCGGAAAAGGCCAAGUUACCAUUACUAUACAGUUACCGAUCGUUCCAGAAAAACCGGAAUGGAAUCUCAACGGUCAAGCUAUACCUUUGACUUUACCUAUAACAGAUCCUAUCUCUGUCAUCAAAGCGAAAUUAUCGGAUUUACUCGGUGGAAUGCCUGCAGGAAAGCAGAAACUUGUUUACAAUGAAAUAUUCGUCAAAGAUUCGAAUUCUCUCGGUUUUUACAAUAUGGUCAAAGGUUCAGUUGUUUAUUUACAAUUGAAAGAACGUGGUGGACGAAAGAAAUAA